AUGCGUUUCUCCAUCGCUACUCUCCUUACCUUGACCGCCGUCUCCAUGGCGCAAGUCACGCCCAACAACGCGGGCGCCAAGAACGUCGGUGCAGGCGACGGUUCGCAGUUCAUCACCGGCGGCUGCGUCUCGGAUGCCGAUUGCAGCUCCGCCUGCUGCAGUCAGGUCGCUGCGACUGGUGACGGUGUUUGCUCUGCUGAGGCGGCGAGCCAGCAGAACGGAAAGACAGGUUGUGGAUUCACGGACCCGAAUGCGGAUGCGGUGAUUGCGGCGGCGCAGGACCAGGUUGCGCAGCAGGGGUUUAAGAGGGUUGUUCGUAGCGAGUAG